UUGGAACCCCUUUUUUUUUUGUUGUUGAAAGAGAUGGAUUUAAAUAGUGAAAAGGAUUCUCCGGCUAAGGCAAAAUCAAUUCGGCUGCUAUGGCGGAGCGGGAGAUCCCUUGUAAAUCAUGCGAAUUUCCUUCUAGCGGGAGGGAACGAGAACUGGUAGAGGAAGAGGAGAGUAUGGAUGAAGAAGAAGUUGAUGAUUCAUAUGAUUCCGACGAAAGCGAGGACGCUAUAAUCUACGACUCCGACGAUUCUGACUUUUGAAAUUGUGGACGGUCCCAAUGCGGAUCGCAAGGUCUGGAACCAGUAUUACCGGGAGUGGAAUGAGGGCGAGGUUGGGUUUUGAUAUCUCUGUCCACCCAGGUGCUUCUUUUAUGGCUUCAAUUGCACAACUACGGAGCUACCUGAAGAAUCCAAAAGAAAAACAGAUAUACACUGAGCUGUGCAACUUGGUAAUUGGAAUUUUCAACUCUCAGAAUCCUAAAGAGUAUGAGUUCGUGGAAAUUGUGAAGGUAAAUGCAUCAUUUGCUGCUGGGACAUGGUUUUAUUUCACUUUUCAAGCCAGGGAUACUGAUGAUGCGGUAAAGAUAUUUCAAGCAUUGGUGUGGGACGGAAUUAAUGGAACCAGAAAGGUGGAAUUUUGCAGGCUUAAGAAAUUCAUUAAGUAAUAAAGGUAAACUUUGACAAGAGAGGGUUGCUCGUCUAGUGGCAAGCACCCUCCCACCAACCUUGAGGUUUGUGUUCGAGUCACCAGUGGAGUAAAGUGGGGAGUUUCUGGGAGAGUUAUAAAAAAAUAAAAAUGAAAUAGAUGUAAAUAACACAUUAAACAAAAAGUAACAAAGGUAAACUUUGUACUCUGCAUCUGCCAUCUUGUUAUAUAUUACUUAUAUAAGCCUCAUGCUUAUGGUAAGUAGAUAUAUGUGUUGAUCAGUCACCCUUUUUAAAGCUUAUAUAUGCAGCAUGUUUUGAAUAUUUGAAUGUGGUGCUUAUGUUUUUCUGAGCCGAGGGUCUAUUGGAAACAACCUCUCUAUCCUCACAAGGUAGGAGUAAUGUCUGCAUACACACUACCCUCCUCACACCCCACAGUGUGGGAUAAUCCUGGGUAUGUUGUUGUCUUGUUUUAGUUUCAUUUUGCUUUAUUAUUGCAUUUGAUAUCCCUAAUAUUAUCUAGGGCGUACGCGAUGUGUCACACCUGCCCCAUUGUUUGCUGCUAAUUAAGUUAAAACAUACUCCUACAACGAUAAUAAAUUUUCUGAGCAAUCAGAUCAGAAUUGCCAUCCAAUUCGUAUCUCCUUAGUUUUCUACAAUAUGCAAAAGAAUUUAACAAAGUAAAGGAAUAACUUUCUCACCCGAAAUAAUGACAAGGAGAAUCUGCAGAAUAUUGUUAUUGACAUUGAAAAGGUGGUGAAAGUUCUAGGUUUCAGAGAAUUGGUUAGGAAGUGAAAUCGCAGGGAGGGUUGGGGUUUUGUUUUUAAAAAGGAAUUUUCACAAUUAAAUAAAAAUAUUAGGGAUAAAAUAAUAUGAUUGUUUUGGCUUAUGACUUAUGACUUAUUUUGGCUUAUAAACACUUCUAAUCUUUACCAAAUGCCUAGAUAAGCUAAAAAAUGCUGAUAAGCUAGUUUGACCAGCUUAUAAGCUUAUCCAAACACCCUCUAAAUCUCAAGAAACUUUCACUUCCUUUUAUCCGUUAUUCACAGAAUUUAACUAUUGUUCUUUUUGAUGUAACAAUUAUUCUUGUUAAACCCCACUUGUGGGACUGCACUGGGUAUGUUGUUGUUGUUGCUGUUGUAAUUAGUCUUACUAAAUUCUCUAAGUUCUAUAGGUCUUCAGGUACCAGUAACCUUUUGAAGAAUGUCAUUUGAGCUAUUUGCCUUUUUAUCUGCAGCUUUAAUUCAUGCUUGUGGAGCCAAACUUGGGUAAAAUUGGUUGUUGCCUCGUGUCUAUUUCUUCUAGUCUGUUUUUCGUAUACUUCUUUGUUAAUUCUUCCUUUUCUUUUCUCAAGUCAUUUUAUCAUUGUAUGACUUUUCGCUUUUAAAAAUUUCAAGUGCUCUGAGCCAUCUCUUAUAUGU